AUGGAUGCACUGACAGGGAGCGUGUUCUGGAAGGAUUACAUAUUCUCCUGGUUGCCACUCAGUUAUAAUGCGACCUGGCCAGUGCUGCUUUUCUAUACUUUCCUGUUCUUAGGGCUAUACUGGCUGAUGAGUUCUCUAUGGGCCUAUUUCCAGAUUAUCACCAGGAACACACCACCUGGCCCCACUCCGAUGCCCUUCAUGGGGAACUUUGGCUUUAUGAUGAUGCCUGGGUGGCUUCUCCAGCUCCUGCAAUAUGGCAUGGACAAUAGUAGUCUCAGAAAGGCACCUGCAGGGGCCACCAGAAGAGGGGCUUUCCUAUAUCCACACAUUGUACUCACUAAUAUGGUAAAACUCUACGGCAAGAUCUAUGGCUUGUACAUUGGCACGCGUCUCAUUGUCAUCCUCAAUGACUUCGACACUGUGAAAGAUGCCAUGGUCAAUCACUCUGAAGUGUUUUCUGAUCGACCCAGUGUGCCACUGGUCAACAUCAUCACCAAGAGGAAAGGUAUUGUGUUUGCAUCUUAUGGCCCCAUAUGGAGACAGCAAAGACGAUUUUCUCAUUCAACUUUGAGGCACUUUGGGCUGGGAAAACAAAGUCUGGAACCCAUAAUCAUUGAAGAAUUCAAAUAUGUGAAGGAAGAAAUGUUGAAAUUUGGUGAUAAAAGCUUCAGUCCAUUUCAAAUUAUCAAUAAUGCUGUUUCCAAUGUUAUCUGUUCUAUCAGUUUUGGUAAACGUUUCAACUAUGAGGAUAAAGAGUUUAAGACCAUGUUGAAUCUCAUGUCACGUGGCCUUGAAAUCAGUUUAAACAGUGAAGUUGUCUUGGCUAAUGUGUUCUCUUGGAUGUACUACCUACCUUUUGGACCCUUCAGGGAGCUCAGACAAAUUGUGAUAGAUAUCACAGCCUUUCUGAAAAGGAUAAUUGAAGAACAUAAGGUUUCCUUAGAUCCUGAGAAUCCCCGAGAUUUCAUUGAUAUGUAUCUUCUUCAUAUAGAUGAAGAGAAGAGGACUCAGCUUGAGACCAGCUUUGACACAGAAUAUUUGUUCUACAUUGUUGGUGAUCUGUUCAUUGCUGGAACCGAUACCACCACAAAUACAUUACUGUGGUCUAUCUUAUAUAUGUGUCAGCAUCCAGAUAAGCAAGAAAAAGUCCAGGCUGAAAUUGAUGCAGUUAUAGGACAAGACCGGCCUCCAUCACUUACUGACAAGAUUUCAAUGCCGUUCACAGAAGCCACUAUUAUGGAAAUACAGAGGAUGACUGUGGUUGUCCCUUUGUCUGUACCACACAUGGCUUCUGAAAAUGCAGUGUUCCAAGGCUACACCAUUCCUAAAGGCAGUGUGGUUCUGGCCAAUCUCUGGGCUGUACACCGAGAUCCAAAGGUCUGGGAAAAGCCAAAUGAUUUCAACCCAAGCAGAUUUUUAGAUGAGCAUGGACAAAUUCUUAAGAAGGAAGCCUUUAUUCCUUUUGGCAUUGGUCGAAGGGUCUGCAUGGGGGGAACAACUGGCCAAGAUGGAGCUCUUUCUUAUGUUUGUCAGUCUUCUGCAGUCUUUCAGUUUUUCAUUCGCUAAUGACACGUUUAAGCCUAUGAUGGAAGGACGGUUUGGCCUAACACUUGCUCCUUUCCCAUUUGACAUAAAGAUACAAAAAAGAUAA